AUGUCUCAAGGCUGGGUCAACGCCGUCUAUUACCCCAAUUGGCGCGUCUACAAAGGCCAGACGCCGGCCACCCUACCGUUGAACGCCGUCACUCAUGUUUUAUACGCCUUUAUCCAAGUCAACACGGAUGGGUCACUGAAGCUCAUUGACGACUGGGCGGAUAACCAGAUUCCCGUGGACGGCACAAAAGGAUGUCUUUCGGCACUCGCCAAGCUCAAGACCUCGGCGCCUAACGUCCGCACACUCAUCUCCGUCGGCGGCGGCGGAGGGAGUGCCGAGUUCCCGGCCCUGGCUGCGAACCCGGCCGCUCGCGCCCGCUUCGUCAAGGAAAUCAAGGCCUUUUGCGACAAGUACCAGCUUAACGGUGUUGAUAUUGAUUGGGAGCAUCCGAGCGACGCCAAACAAGGUCAAGACUACAUCACCCUCCUGAACGACGUCCGCAAACAAAUGCCGGCGGGCAGAUAUCUCAUCACCUCGGCCUUACCACCAGGCCAAUACGUCCUAAAAAAUAUCGACCUCAGACGAGCCGCUUCCCUGCUCGACUACCUAAACCUCAUGUGCUAUGAUCUGACUGGCCCCUGGACCGACAUCUCCGGCAAUCACGCGCAGCUGCUGGCUUCCAAGACCCUGGCGAGCAACAACCCCAACCUCAAGAUCGCCUGCGCGGAUGGCAUCAAUUAUGUAAUCACCAACGGCUUUCCGAGCCGCAAGCUUCUGCUCGGGAUCCCUGCAUACGCUCGCACUUUCCCCAUGGCCAAAGGCCCCGGCGGGUCCUCCAAGAACUCCGCCGAGAUUGACUACUGCGACAUGUCGAAUGACAGCGUGGAUAAAGCCACGGUCGACACGACGGCGGCGGCAGCCUCCUACGUCGACGCGAAGAACGGGUUCAUGACGUUCGACGUGCCGAAGACGGUGGUCAUCAAGGCCCAGUAUGCGAAGAGCAAGGGUCUCGGGGGCCUGUUCUACUGGACCGGUGUCGGGGAUCGGAAGGGAAGGCAGAGCCUGGUCCAGGCCGGCUACAACGAAUUGAACGGCAUCAGGUAG